CACGACUGCCCGCGCGGCGCCGGGCAAUGGCGCUGCUGCGGGAAGUGUCGCUGCAGGAUCCACGGGACCGCUUCGAGCUGCUGCAGCGCGUGGGGGCCGGGACCUAUGGCGACGUCUACAAGGCCCGCGACACGGUCACGUCCGAACUGGCCGCGGUCAAGAUAGUCAAGCUAGACCCAGGGGACGACACCAGCUCCCUCCAGCAGGAAAUCACCAUCCUGCGUGAGUGUCGUCACCCCAACGUGGUGGCCUAUAUUGGCAGCUACCUCAGGAAUGACCGCUUGUGGAUCUGCAUGGAGUUCUGCGGAGGGGGGUCUCUGCAGGAGAUUUACCACGCCACCGGGCCCCUGGAGGAACGGCAGAUUGCCUAUGUCUGCCGAGAGGCACUGAAGGGCCUGCACCACUUGCAUUCUCAGGGGAAGAUCCACAGAGACAUCAAGGGAGCCAAUCUUCUCCUCACCCUCCAGGGAGAUGUCAAGCUGGCCGACUUUGGGGUGUCAGGCGAGCUGACGGCGUCCGUGGCUAAGAGGAGGUCUUUCAUUGGGACUCCAUACUGGAUGGCCCCAGAGGUGGCCGCCGUGGAACGCAAAGGAGGCUACAAUGAGCUCUGUGACGUCUGGGCCCUGGGCAUCACCGCCAUCGAGCUGGGCGAGCUGCAGCCCCCUCUCUUCCAUCUACACCCCAUGAGGGCCCUGAUGCUUAUGUCGAAGAGUAGCUUCCAGCCGCCCAGGCUGAGAGACAAGACGCGCUGGACCCAGAAUUUCCACCACUUCCUCAAACUGGCCUUGACCAAGAACCCCAAGAAGAGGCCAACAGCAGAGAAGCUUCUGCAGCACCCGUUCACAACCCAGCACCUCCCUCGGGCUCUCCUCACACAGCUGUUGGACAAAGCCAAUGACCCGCACCUGGGGACCCCUUCCCCAGAGGACUGUGACCUAGAGACUUAUGACAUGUUUCCAGACACCAUUCACUCCCGGGGGCAGCACGGCCCGGCCGAGAGGACCCCCUCGGAGAUCCAGUUUCACCAAGUGAAAUUUGGUGCCCCACGAAGGAAGGAAACAGACCCACUAAAUGAGCCGUGGGAGGAGGAGUGGACGCUGCUGGGAAAGGAGGAGCUGAGUGGGAGCCUGCUACAGUCCGUUGAGGAGGCCCUAGAGGAAAGGAGCCUGACCAUCCGGCCAGCCUCAGAACUCCAGGAGCUGGACUCCCCAGACGAUACCACAGGAACCAUCAAGCGGGCCCCGUUCUUGGGGCCAUCCCCUGCUGAACCUCCAGCCGAAGAAGACCCUCUCUCCAGCCCCCUGGGAACCCUAUCUCCACCGCCCCCAGGCCCUAAUAGCCCCCCACUGCUCCCCACUGCCUGGGCCACCAUGAAGCACAGGGAGGAUCCUGAGAGAUCAUUGUGCCACGGGCUCCCCCCAACCCCCAAGGUGCACAUGGGCGCCUGCUUCUCCAAGGUCUUCAAUGGCUGCCCCCUGCGGAUCCAUGCUGCUGUCACCUGGGUUCACCCUGUCACCCGGGACCAGUUCCUGGUGGUGGGGGCCGAGGAAGGCAUCUACACCCUCAACCUGCAUGAAUUACAUGAGGACACGCUGGAGAAGCUGAUUUCGCAGCGCUGCACCUGGCUCUACUGUGUGAAUAACGUGCUGCUGUCGCUCUCAGGGAAAUCCACGCACAUCUGGGCCCAUGACCUCCCAGGCCUGUUUGAGCAGCGAAGACUCCAGCAACAGGUUCCCCUCUCCAUCCCCACCAACCGCCUCACACAGCGCAUCAUCCCCAGGCGCUUUGCCCUGUCCGCCAAGAUUCCAGACACCAAAGGCUGCCUGCAGUGUCGUGUGGUGCGGAACCCCUACACGGGCAGCACCUUCCUGCUGGCCGCCCUGCCCGCCAGCCUGCUCCUGCUGCAGUGGUAUGAGCCGCUGCAGAAGUUCCUGCUGCUGAAGAACUUUUCCAGCCCCCUGCCCAGCCCAGCAGGGAUGCUGGAACCCCUGGUGCUGGACGGGAAGGAGCUGCCGCAGGUCUGCGUGGGGGCAGAGGGCCCGGAGGGGCCUGGCUGCCGAGUCCUCUUCCACGUCCUGCCCCUGGAGGCUGGUCUGACUCCUGAUGUCCUCAUACCCCCUGAGGGCCUCCCGGGCACCGCCCAGCAGGUGAUCCAGGUGGACAGGGACACAGUGCUAGUCUGCUUUGACCGCUGCGUGAGGAUUGUCGACCUGCUGGGUGAGCCCACGGCCGCACUGGCGCCUGUGCUGACCUUUGACUUCCCCAUCGAGACUGUGGUGUGUCUGCAAGACAGCGUGCUGGCCUUCUGGAGUCAUGGGAUGCAAGGCCGAAGCCUGGACACCAACGAGGUGACCCAGGAGAUCACAGACGAGACAAGGAUCUUCCGGGUGCUCGGGGCCCACAGAGAUAUCAUCCUCGAGAGCAUUCCCACCGACAACCCAGGGGCUCACAGCAACCUCUACAUCCUCACCGGCCAUCAGAGCAGCUACUGAGGGGGCGGGUCUGGCCUUGCCAUCCCCCCACCCUGCCCCCAGGCCUUAGCUGCAGUCCGUUGAGGCAGAGGGCCCUCUCCCCUGUCAGAGGAGCCCAGGCUGUGCUGGCCUGAAGGGCAGAAAUAAUCCUGAGAAGAGUUUUGGGACUACGGAGGGGAGUGGAGGGGAGGCCACCCCAGCACCCCCCCCCCCCCCCCCAAAACUGGACCAGAGGAAGCUGCUGUCCCCUCCCCCUCCCCUGUGCGCAGCUGGGGCCCUGCAGCAAGGGCCCUGGGCAGGGUGGGGGCAGGCCCAGGCGACCCAUUCCAUUUUGUUCCACAUUUCCUUUCCAUUCUUCCUGCCAAGAGCUUGCCCCCUGCACCCUGUCCUGGGGAACAUGGUAUUUAAAAGAGAGACUAUAUUGGUAUUAAAGCUGGUUUGAUUUUA